AUGACGCCCGCUCCGGCCUUCUCCGUCGUCGUCCGCAGUGAGAACAUCAACAAGCCGUGGUGGACGACCUUUUGCGGCUCGGCCGUGGGCCACUGGCAGGGCAGCUACGCCGCCUUCAGCCCCAUGUCCGGGCAGCCGGAACUGCUCGGCUACGGACCAGACCGCGAGAAGCAGUUCGAGAUAGAGACGCGGGUCCUCGAGGUCCGCCAGGUGUCGGGCGACGGCGCCACGGACCGCCUGGCGCGCGCCGUCUUCCGGGGCGGCGACGCCGCGGCGCUGCGGGACUCGGCGGACGCCGCCGCAACGCACUUCACGCGGAACCCCGACUCCCUGCCCGAGCCGGGGUCCGCGGACGCCCCGGCCCACCUCGACGACGUGGCGACCAUCAACGCCGCCGCGGACGGGCUGCUGGUCUUCGAGGAUGGGUCGUACAGCAACGGCCCGUACGACCUGCUCGCGGGGCUCGAGGAGGCGCGCGGGGGCGAGGCGGGCGGCGCGGAGCCCGGCGAGGGCGCGGGCGGCGAGGGCGCGGGCGGCGAGGAGGCGACGUCGGACCGGGACGCGAUGGCGCGGCUGCAGGAGUGGGACGUGGAGCCGGAGCCGACGUGCGUGGUGGUGGUGGAGCAGUGCGUGUGCCGCGGGGCGAAGGACCGCGUGCGCGUCGUGCUGACGCUGGAGGCGGGCCGCGAGAGCGGCGGCGAGGAGCUGAGCGUGAUGCCGCUGCGGCUCACGGCGCACCGGGAGGUGUGGGCGGGCGGGCCGUCCGCGAAGCACAAGUCAGACGUGCUGGAGGUGCCCAAGGUGCUGUCGGCGCCGCGGAUGACGACGAAGGACAUCGAGGGGGAGUGGGCGGUGUUUGAGCAGCAGGGCGUGCCCGUGGACGACCCGCUGGCGUCGAUCAACCCGUACGCGACGGACAACGAGAAGAUCUGGGCGUUCUCGACGUGCGAGACGCGGCAGACGUGGGGCGUCGGCGCCGCGGGGGGGUUUGACAUCUCGGAGGACGACGACGAGGUCGACGGGGCGAUGCUGUGGCUCCCGAGCAGGAUCCUCGUCGUGCUGCGGAUGGUGCCGGACGUGCCGAUGUGGACCGAGGACGGCUCGGAGCCGCGGGCGCCGGAGGAGGGUGCGCCGCGCGGGCUGCAGGUGUGCAUGAUGUGGCUGUCGGACACGGGCGAGGUCGCGCAGGUGCGGCGGGAGUACGACAGCAGGGGCGUGCUGAAGUGCGUGACGGCGAGCUCGGCCGUCAAGGGCUGGGUCGGCGGCCGCAUGUAG